AUGUUGUAUUUUCUGUGGCAUAAUGAGCAGGAACUCUUUGGCGAAGACCAGACAUACAUAUCUAAGUUUUAUGAGGCAGAUGUUCAAGAGGUAGUACAACGCAACAAAGAAAUAUUUGAGCCAGAUGGUGAUGCAAUUAAUGAAGCACUAGAAAGUUUACGAAACUUUGAUGGCGUACCAACUCACUCCUACGAUCCAAUAAAUGACCAGGAAAAUGAAGAUUUGCGGCAAAGUUUACCUGACGAUUCUGAUGAAACCGAGUCUUUUAACGAAUCGUUGCCACAGCAUCUUGCAUCAAAUCCUGAAUCAGUUCAACCAUCUUCUGGAAUAAGUUCUUAUAAUCAACCCUUAGAAAUCAGUGACGACGAUCUACGAAAAACUGUAAGAUCAUUGAACAACAAACAACGUUAUGCAUAUGACGUCGUUCUUUCCUGGUGUAGAAAUAAGAUGGCCAACCUAAACACACUUAAACCAUCUAAAGUAGAUCCGAUACAUGUUUUUGUUACUGGAGGUGGAGGUGCAGGGAAAUCACACUUAAUUAAAGCUAUAUAUCAUACUGUUACAAAAACAUUUAGACAUGCUCCAAUGAAUCCUGCAUUACCUUCUGUAUUGCUAAUGGCUCCAACUGGUGUAGCUGCCAUAAAUAUCAACGGAACAACCGUAAACACUGCUCUAGCAAUUCCAAGAGAAUGUGGGAAUAAUGUACCUGCAAUGUCUGACCAGAGAAGAACACAAAUGAGAUUGUCUUUGGCUGAAUUGAAACUUAUCAUAAUUGAUGAAAUAUCAAUGGUCUCAAACAUGGGUCUGCUGCAUAUUCACCAGAGAUUGAAAGAAAUAUUUGUUACACCUAAUAGUGAACUUUUUGCAGGAAUCAGUGUACUUGUUUUCGGAGAUUUCUUUCAGCUACCACCAAUUCGAAGCGCAACAACAUUUUCAAAUUAUAAGAAUGAUACAUUCAAUCUACACCAUCCAUGGCAUGUCUUUAAAAUGGCAGAACUAACACAGAUCAUGAGACAAAAAGAUGACCUCGCCUUCACUCAACUAUUAAAUAGAGUGCGCACCGCUUCACAUACAGACGAUGACAUCAGGUGUAUUCAAUCCAGAACAAUAACUCCAGGGGAUGAAAAUUAUCCAUCGGAUGCAUUACACAUCUUUGCAGAAAAUGCACCAGUAGAUGAGUACAAUAUUGAUCGCCUACAACAAAUUCAAUCACCACAGUACGUUUUAGAAGCUUUAGAUCAAUUCCCACCUCAUGUUAGAAAACAGGAUAUCGAAAGAGUGUUGUCUAAAGGAAGAUCCGAAACUGGAGGGCUUGACACUAAAAUCCUGAUCAAAGAAAAUGCGAGAGUUAUGCUCACAACCAAUGUGGAUAUUAGCGAUCGACUAAUUAAUGGCCAUUUAGGUACAGUAAUAAAAGUUUCUGUUGACAAUGUUAGUAAUAAACCCUCCACAAUUUUUAUUAAAUUUGAUGACAGUAAUGCUGGAGUAUCUGCUAUACGAAAUUCGUCCAGUAGUUUUGCAAGAGAAAACAAUGUUGUUCCUAUCAAACCUGUAUUGGCGAGAAUUAAAGUCAGACCAGGAAAACCAUCAUCUCCCGAAAUGCAAAGAUUACAAUUUCCUGUAACUCUCGCAUGGGCAUGCACUGUUCAUAAAGUACAAGGAUUAACUCUAGAUAACAUUGUCGUCAGUUUUGAUUUAAAAAAGCAAAGGUAUUUUAACUAUGGUCAGGUAUAUGUAGCACUUAGUCGAGCAACGUCCCUAAAUGGCCUGCAUAUUUUAGGAACACUUGAAAGUAAACAUAUUCGAGCAAAUCCUAAAGUCCAGGCAGAAUACGAGAGAUUGCGUGAAACUUCGAGUCUCCAUCCGCAUAUUACAACAGAUUUAUGUAACAUAGAAACUGUUUCAAUUUGUCUUUUAAAUAUUAGAUCAUUUAAAAAACACAGUCUUGACCUAUGUAAUGAUCCAAUCUUGUCCAAAUGUGAUGUGUUUGCCCUCACAGAAACUCAACUUUUAACCAAUGUAUCAAAUGAUGAUAUUAGCUCAAUCCUUAACGACUUUUCUAUACACAGACAAGAUCAUAAUUCUGACAAGUUCUUAAGUCUAGCUGUUUGUUACAAAGACACUGUUACACUGUGUGAUACAGAAUAUUUCACUUCAAUAAAUGGUUUACGAUUUUUACUUAAUAACUCCGGUGGGAAUACCUUAUCCUGUCUACUGCUUUAUCGUAAGCACGGAUGUGACAUUCAGCAAUUCAUAGCUUGCCUAGAUUACAUAAUAACUAGCUUGGAUAUUGACGUUAUAUUUGGAGAUUUUAAUAUUGAUUACUUUAAUGAAAAGAUUAUUUCUUCAUUGAAAGUACUCGCCGAGUCUUUAAAUUAUGUGCAACUUGUAAGUAAACCAACAUUUGUUUCAUCCGGAAGUCUUCUCGAUCAUGUUUACGUAAAACAGUCAAUAAGCAAUAAAAUGGAAGCAAACGUUGUAAGUGUGUAUUAUUCAGAUCAUGAGGCUGUUAAGGUAACUGUAAGAUUUUGA